AUGAUAAAUGUAAAUAUUGGAGUACUGGGCCAUGUGGAUUCAGGGAAGACAAGUUUGUGUAAAUGUUUAAGUGAAAUAUUAAGCACUUGUGCAUUAGAUAAGCAUAAACAAAGUAAAGAAAGAGGAAUAACAAUAGAUUUAGGAUUUUCUUCUUUUUAUAUAAAAAAGAAAGUUUUUAAUUCCUCCAUUAAUAGCAAUAUAGAAGAUACUUUAAAAUAUAAUUACAAAAAUGAAAAUAUAGAUAUUGAUACAAAAGACAAUAAGCAGAAUGAAGAAAUUAUUCAAAUAUGCUUAGUAGAUUGCCCUGGUCAUCACUCUCUAUUAAAGUGUAUUGUGAUGGGAGCAGAAAUAACAGAUAUGAUUUUUUUAGUUAUUGAUGUUAAUAAAGGAAUACAAAAACAAACAAUUGAAUGCUUAGUUUUAUGUGAAAUAGUAAAAAGUGAUAUAAUUAUAAUAUUAAAUAAAAUUGAUCUAAUACCAAUAAAUAUUAGAGAAAAAAAAAUAAAUUUGAUGAAAAAAAAAAUUCUUGAAGCAUUAAGUAAAACUAAUCUAAAAAAUUUAAAAUAUUAUAUAAUUAGUGUAGCAGCUGAAAUUAAGAAAAAUACAAAUAUAAAUUAUGAAUAUAAUAGUUUACAUGAUGAAAAACAAGAAGAAAACUCAGUAACAACUAAAAAAAAUUUGGUAUCUUUUAAGAGAGAAAAUAAAUUUUCAGAAUGUGAAAGUGAUAUAACAAAAUGUAUAGAUGAUGAUUCAAAUAAAAAUGUAAACUAUUCAUGUAUAGAAAAAAGAGAAAAUCAUUUAUGUGAAAGUGAAGAUGUAACUUUUUUAAAAGAAGAAAUAAAUAAGGAAAAUGAUGAGAAAUUAUCUAAAUACAAAAAUAGUUUAAAUAUACAUUUAUUGAUAGAUUUGCUAACAAAUGUAUUAAAAAUACCAUCAAGAGAUACUUCAAGUUAUGAGGAAUUUUAUUUUUUAUAUGAUCAUUCCUUUGAAAUAAAAGGUAAAGGUAUCGUUUAUACAGGAACUGUCAUAAAAGGUAUUAUUAAAAAUAAUAGUAAUAUUAUUAUCUUACCAAUAAAUGAAAAAGGAAAAAUUAGGGAAAUUCAAAGUUUUAAAAAGAAAGUAGAUGAGGGAAAAAAGGGAAAUAGAUUAUCUCUUUUAAUAUCCAAUAAUAAUUUAAAAAAUACGAAAAAAAUUGAACGAGGAAUUAUUGUUCAUGAACAUUCUAAGAUAUCACAUUUUUCUAUGUUUAUAUGUAAAGUAAAAUUAGUAGAGUUUUACAAAAAAAACAUGAAUAAUUCGGAAUUACUAACAUGUAUAAUUGGUUUUUCUUCUUCUCUCUGUUAUGGAUAUUUUUUUAAAAAAAUUGAAAAUUCAGAUUCUAAAACUAAAGAAUUAAAUAGUUCUACCACUUCAGUAAAGGGUAAACUAAUUGAAGCAAACAAAAAUUGUGAAAAUAAAAAUUUUGAUGUAAAUGGAAAUUAUUUAUUAAUUAAUGAACUAGAUUUUUUAGAACAGAAAAAUAAAGAAGAACAAGAAAUAUAUUUUUUAGUAAUAAUGAAAAAAAAAAUUUAUUGUUUUAAAAAUGAAAAAUGUAUUUUUUUAAAAAAUGAUGAUAAUCUUAAUUGCAGAAUAUGCUUAUAUGGAACUAUUUUAGAUAUAAUAGAUGAUAAUCAUUAUAAAAAUAACUCUUUUAGUGUUAAUAAAAAACCCAAUUUUAGUGAAUAUGAAGAUUAUAAAGAUUUUAAGAUUCUGAAAGAAAAAGAAAAAAUUGGAUUAAUAGAAAAAAUACUUGAUAAUUAUACUUUAAUAUGCAAAAAUAUAUUUAAUUCGUCCACUCAAGUAAGUACAUAUUUGAAUAAAAAAAUUUACAUUGUUGAUUCAAGUUAUCAAACAAAUAAAAAUGAUUUAAAGAUCCAGCAUAUUGGUUGUAUAAUGAAACCAUUUGCAAAAAAUGGGAAGUUCAUAAUUCAUUUAGAUGAUGAUAUUUCUUAUCUUAAGAACAAUUAUAAAUCAUUCAUUGUCUUAAUAAAAUAUUAUAAAGAUAUAUUUACCAAAAAAAAAAUUUUUUUUUAA